CUUCACACUUUGAGACUCUCAAAAAUUUUGUCACACACAGAAAAAUUUAAUUCCAUCGCCACCACCACCGCAGCCACCACUGAAAACCCAAAAAAAAUGCAUACAAAAUGCUUAAAGUGGUCAUUACCGGAGAACUUAACAAGAACUUGGAGCUGAGUCACAAAUCACUACCAUUGUAACCACCAGUACUGGCACAAUCGCCGCCGCCGCUGCUCAUUCGGUGGAGCUGAAAGGAGGAGGAGCUCAUCUCAAGUAAGAAGUUAAAACUACUGCAUUAAACAUACUUGAGGCUCUAACUUUUGUUCACAUGCAUGGAUUUUGUUCACAUGGUGUGAGUUUGAAGCAUCCCUACCUCCACAAAACCCUCUCUCACAUGCAUUUUGUCUCCUUAGAGUGGACUUUCAUCACCACCUCCGCCUGCUCCACCACCGCAGCCACCAUGCUUUGAAUCUUAGCACAUAUAGUUUGAGCUUGUAGCAUCUCCACCUCAAUGAAAAACCUCUUUCACGUGUAUGUUAUCCUUUAGAGUGAACUUUCACCACCAUCCUCCUCCACCGUUGCAGCCGCCACCGCCGCCACCACCACAUCUUUUUUGAGUUUUAAGCCCAUUUCAAGAACUUCAAAUGGAGAAAACAUGCCAUUUUGUUGGUACAAAAGUCCCAUUCUUUUUGUUUUUCUUCUGGUUUUGCUUGAGUUUCAGAACACUUUUAGUGAACUCUCUCUCUCCAGAUGGAGAAGCCCUUCUCUCUCUACUCUCAGCAGCUGAUCCUUAUUACAAAAAAUCGUCGCCAAUACUCUCCUCAUGGAACCCUUCAAGCUUAACUCCAUGUUCAUGGCAAGGUAUCACUUGUUCUCCUCAAGAGAGAGUCAUUUCACUCUCUCUCCCAAAUAUUUUCCUUAAUCUUUCAUCUUUACCCUUAGAACUCUCCUCACUUUCCUCUCUACAGCUUCUUAAUCUCUCUACUACUAAUAUUUCCGGCUCAAUACCUCCUUCCUUUGGUUCAUUGACUCGUCUUCGCCUUCUGGAUUUGUCUUCCAAUUCACUUUCAGGGCCUAUUCCGCCAGAAUUAGGCCGGUUAAUGGCACUUCAGUUUCUAUUCUUGAAUACAAACAGACUCACUGGUACAAUUCCACAACAAUUUGCCAAUCUUUCGUCACUUGAAGUCCUUUGCCUUCAAGAUAAUCUCCUAAACGGGUCGAUUCCAUCCCACCUCGGGUCUUUAGGCUCUCUCCAGCAGCUUAGAAUUGGGGGCAAUCCAUAUCUAACCGGUGAAAUCCCAUCACAAUUAGGCCUACUUACCAAUCUCACAACAUUUGGUGCUGCUGCCACUGGACUCUCUGGCGUUAUCCCAUCUACAUUUGGAAACUUGAUUAAUCUUCAAACAUUGGCACUUUAUGAUACAGAGGUAUUCGGUUCAAUACCGCCUGAAUUAGGCGGGUGUUUGGAGUUAAGAAACUUGUAUUUACACAUGAACAAGCUCACUGGUCCUAUCCCUCGUCAACUGGGCAAGCUGCAAAAGCUCACUAGCAUGCUUCUUUGGGGAAAUUCCCUCUCCGGGACUAUCCCUUCCGAACUUUCCAAUUGUUCAUCUCUUGUUGUUCUUGAUGUCUCUGCAAAUGAUUUAUCCGGUGAAAUUCCUGGUGAUUUGGGGAAACUAUUGGUUCUUGAGCAGCUUCACUUGUCUGAUAAUGCACUCACUGGUUCCAUACCACUGGAACUGAGUAACUGCUCUAGUUUAACAGCUAUUCAGCUCGAUAAGAACCAAUUAUCAGGCCCUAUUCCAAUGCAGAUUGGUGAAUUGAAGUACUUGCAGAGUUUUUUCUUGUGGGGUAAUUCUGUUUCAGGAACUAUACCACCCGCUUUUGGGAAUUGUACAGAGCUUUAUGCGCUUGAUCUCUCGAGAAAUAAGCUUACUGGAUCAAUCCCGGACGAGAUAUUCAGUUUAAAGAAACUGAGCAAGCUGUUGCUACUGGGGAAUUCUUUAUCUGGAGGAUUACCGCGAAGUGUAGCAAGAUGUCAGUCUCUAGUAAGAUUAAGGCUUGGAGAAAAUCAGCUUUCGGGUCAGAUUCCAAAGGAGAUUGGACAACUGCAAAAUCUUGUGUUUCUUGAUUUAUAUUUGAACCAUUUUUCUGGCGGUUUACCUUCUGAUAUUGCAAACGUUACUGUUCUUGAGCUGUUGGAUUUGCACAACAAUUACAUAACGGAUGAUAUCCCGCAUCAGUUGGGGGCCCUUGUUAAUUUGGAGCAGCUUGAUCUUAGUAGAAACAGCUUCACUGGUGAGAUUCCAUGGAGUUUUGGUAAUUUCAGUUACUUGAACAAACUUAUCCUAAACAAUAAUCUGCUCACCGGACAAAUUCCAAAGUCCAUUAAGAACUUGCAAAAACUAACUCUUCUUGAUUUGAGCUCCAAUACUCUCUCUGGUCCAAUACCCCUUGAGAUUGGUUAUUUGACAAGCUUAACAAUCAAUCUUGAUUUGAGCUCAAAUCGAUUCACAGGUGAAAUCCCCGAGACAAUGUCCAGUUUGACACAGUUGCAAUCGCUAGACCUCUCACGGAACACACUAUAUGGAAAAAUCACAAUUCUAAGUUCUCUCACCAGUCUUACUUCCUUGAAUAUUUCAUACAACAACUUUUCUGGACCAAUACCUGUGACAACAUUCUUUCGAACUUUGACCUCGAAUUCUUUCAUUGAAAAUUCCCGCCUCUGUGACUCUCUCGAUGGUGCUACUUGUUCUUCGCAUUUGAUGCGUGGAAAAGGAUUGAAGUCUGCCAAGACUAUCGCUUUGGUUGCUGUGAUUGUGGCUUCUGUGACAAUGGCAGUUGUGGCUACCUGGAUUCUAGUGUCUCGGAAUCACAGAUCUGUAGUGGAGAAGUCCGGUUUGUCCAACUUGUCAGGAGAAGAGAAUUUUUCUUAUCCGUGGACUUUCAUCCCAUUUCAGAAGCUGAACUUCACUAUUGAAAACAUCUUGAAUUGCUUGAGAGAUGAAAACGUUAUUGGAAAAGGCUGUUCUGGGGUCGUUUACAAGGCGGAGACGCCAAAUGGUGAUUUGAUUGCAGUUAAAAAGCUUUGGAAAACAAAGAAAGACGAAGAACCAGUGGACUCUUUUGCUGCUGAAAUUCAAAUACUUGGACACAUUAGGCACCGGAAUAUAGUGAAGUUACUAGGAUAUUGUUCGAAUAAGAGUGUCAAGCUACUUCUCUACAACUAUAUACCAAAUGGAAAUCUGCAACAGCUUUUGCAAAACAACAGGAACUUGGAUUGGGAAACGAGGUACAAGAUUGCGAUUGGAUCAGCUCAAGGUCUUGCUUAUCUCCAUCACGAUUGUGUGCCCGCUAUUCUUCAUAGAGAUGUGAAAUGCAAUAAUAUACUCUUGGAUUCCAAAUAUGAGGCUUAUCUGGCAGAUUUUGGACUGGCAAAGCUAAUGAAUUCUCCAAACUACCACCAAGCAAUGUCCCGAGUAGCUGGUUCCUAUGGAUAUAUUGCACCAGAAUAUGGGUACACCGUGAAUAUAACAGAAAAGAGUGAUGUCUAUAGUUAUGGGGUGGUAUUGCUUGAGAUUUUAAGCGGACGUAGUGCUGUUGAAUCACAGAUUGGAGAUGGGCAACACAUAGUAGAGUGGGUAAAGAAGAAGAUGGGAAGCUUCGAACCAGCUGUGACUGUACUCGAUUCAAAGCUCCGAGGUUUGCCAGACCAGAUGGUACAAGAAAUGCUCCAAACACUCGGAAUAGCUAUGUUUUGUGUGAAUUCAUCGCCUGCUGAAAGGCCAACAAUGAAGGAAGUGGUAGCACUUCUUAUGGAAGUGAAGAGUCCGCCAGAGGAAUCUGGGAAAACUUCUCAGCCCUUAAUAAAACAGUCCUCAAAUCAAAGCUGAUUCUUUUUGUUUGGUUAUAGCAUUUUUCAUCUUUAGGGAAUUAGUGUUUGAUUUUCUUUCCUUAAUUUCCAAUAUGUAGGGGAGUACAGUUGCUGCAUGAAGCAAGAGAAAAGUUCUGCUCCCAAAAUCGGACAAUUUCUUUGAGAUUUCCUUGUACAGUUUUAAUGACAUUAGUGUUGUUAAUUGGCUUCAA